UGGUACUUCCUCUGCCCGUCUGGCAGGCGGCCUGGCCCGGCCCCUCGGCUAAGGAAGCGCAUUUCCUGCCUCCCUGGGCCGGGCUGGAUGAGCCGAGCUCCGGCGGCCGCCACAGUCAUUGCUCAGCCUCCCUCCGCACCCAUCCCCAGGCCAGGAUUGCCGUGCGAUCAGCCGUCCCCAGGAGUCCCCUCCCCGCCGCCCCUCAGCCAGGGCCCGGCCUGGCUGUGAGUCCUGUGCCCACUUCUCCUGACCCCUUGGCCACCACCCCAGAAGGCUGGAGCAGGGACGCCGUCACUCCGGCCGCCUGCUCCCCUCGGGUCCCCGUGAGAGCCCACGCCGGCCCCGGCGCCCACCCGCAGCCCUGCCUCUGGACACCGGAUAAGGCCCAGCGCACCGUCUCCGGGGUGGACAGCAUGCGCCGCAGCGCUCUUCCGCUGGCCAUUGUCCUGCUACUGGCCAUCUGCAACCUCGGCCCGACAAGUCUUGCAGAAAAAGUCCAUUGUGAUCUACAGCCUGUGGACCCCAAGAGGGGCGAGGUGACAUUUACCACCAGCCAGGUCCCGCAGGGCUGUGUGGCUCAGGUUCCCGAUGGGGUCCUUGAAGUCCACGUCCUCUUCCUGGAAUUCUCAAACGAGGUGGCGCAGCUUGAGCUCACUCUCCAGGCAUCCAGGCACAAUGGCAGCCAGCCUCGACAGGUGUUUCUGGUCCUCGUCGUGAACAAGAGUACCUUACUACAGCUCCAGGCACCGGGAAUCCCGCUGCAUUUGGCUUAUAACCCCAGCCUGGUCAUCUUCAAAGAGCCUCCGGGAGCCAACGUCACACAACUGCCAUCCUUCCCUGCCAACAGCCAGAUCCUUGACUGGGCGGCUUUAAGGGGUCCCCUCUCCUCAGUGGCGACACUAGAGGACCCCAGCAGCAUCCUCCUCCGGCUGGGCCAAGAUGAAGAAACAGAGUCCCCAGACCUUUCACAAGGGCAGCCAGCCGCCCAGAAUCUCCCAUACUUCUGUAUGCCUGAAGACCAUAAGGACAUGGGCCGCACACUCGAAUGGCAGCCGCGGGGCCCCGUGUCCAUCCUGGGCUGCCGCCUGGAUGGCGUGACGGGCCACAAGGAGGCGCACAUCCUCAGGAUCCUGCCUGGUCCCAAGGCUGAGCCUCGGACAGUGACGGUGAAGGUAGAACUCAACUGCACAUCUAGAGACCCCGACGCCAUCCUCAUCCUGCAGGGACCCCCGUACGUGUCCUGGCUUAUCGACGCCAACCACAACAUGCAGAUCUUGACCACUGGUGAAUACUCCUUCAAGAUCUUUUCGAAGAAGAACAUCCAUGGCUUCGUGCUCCCAGACACGCCCCAAGGCCUGGUGGGAGAGGCCCGGGCACUCAACGCCAGCCUCGUGGCCUCCUUCGUGGAACUGCCGCUGGCCAGCGCUGUUUCCCUGCGGGCGCCCAGCUGUAGUGGUGAACCACAGACCUCACCCGCACCGGUCCUGACCACCCCACCAAACAGAUGUGACCCGGAUCUGCUUCUGUCCCUGAUUCGGCCAAAAUGCGCCAAUGGUGUCAUGACUCUGUCACUUAGGAAAGACCACCUGCAGACCAUGCAGUGCACCAUCGUGGGCUUGACCUUCUGGGACCCUCGCUGCCAGGCGGAGGACAGCAGUGACCACUUUGUCUUGAGCAGUGCCUACUCCCUGUGUGGCGUGGAGGUGGCAAAACACGUGGUCAGCAGUGAGGUGUUCCUCAAUUUCCUGUCCGUCUCAGGCUCAUUAUCACUGCGGAAAAAGGUGUACUGCAUCGACGUGGACAGCCUGUCUUUCCAGGUGGACCUCUACCUCAGCCCCAAAUUCCUCCAGGCCUACAGCACCAUUGAGCUGGGCCAGCAAGGUUUUGUGCAGGUCAGCAUGCUUCCAGCGGUCCCUGAGGCUACGCUCCAGCUACUUAGCUGCUAUCUGGAUUUGGGACCAGAGACAGACAGAGUGGAACUCAUCCAGGGCCAGGCAGCCAAAGGCAGCUGUGUGAACCUACUGUCCCCAAGCCCCAGUGGUGACCCACGCUUCAGCUUCCUCCUCCGUGUCUACAUGGUGCCCACUCCCAUGGUUGCCACCCUCACUUGCAACAUAGCCGUACAUCCUGGGGCCAAUCUGAAGGACGCCUACGAGCCCGUCUUCAAGCUUGUCUCCAAGCGCCUCAACAUUGUCAGCCCUGAGCUGUCUGGUAAUGGCCUCGUCCUGCCUGCCGUGCUAGGCAUCACCUUUGGCGCCUUCCUCAUCGGCGCCCUGCUCACCGCAGCCCUCUGGUACAUCUACUCGCACACACGUCCCCCCAGCAAGCGGGAGCCCGUGGUGGCGGUGGCUGCCCCGGCCUCCUCUGAGAGCAGCAGCACCAACCACAGCAUUGGGAGCACCCAGAGCACCCCCUGCUCCACCAGCAGCAUGGCGUAGUGCCCACCCCGGAGCCCUGGGGGCCGCCCAGCCAGCCCUCGCCUUGCCGGAGAGCCCGAGCAGCCACCAGCUGGGAACCAUCGGCCAUGAACUCGCCCCGGGACCCCAGUGCCUCCACUCGCCUGCCGAUGGAGAGUGCCCUCUGCCUCCGCCCCUCCCACCCGCCUCUCAGAGGCCUGCUGCCAGCGGGGACGUCGGCCCGGAACACCCUGGGGUCUCCCCACCCCACUCAGCAGAGCCUUCUCAUCCUGGGUCUCUGGGAUGUGGCUGCCCGAGCGCACAGGGGGAAAGGCCGCUGCCCUGAGUGCCUGCAUCUUACCUGGGUCCUGGACCAGCGAACAGCACUGGGUGGGAGGCAAGGACUCCAAGCGGAGCCAGCCCCGGCCCCCAAUGCCAGCAGCACCUCCUCCGUGGGAACACAAGAGUCUGGCCCAAAGCCGCCUGUACCCAUCCGGUCCCUGUGGACCCCCACUCUUGGACUAGCACAACUUUGGUGGGGGAAACAGAAGCUGAGGGCUGCUCUGCUCUGGAGCCCAGGGAGUGGCAACAGCUCCCCCCCCUGGGCCCUCACAGAGCUCCAUAGACAGCAGCAGGUGGCUAAUGGCCAGGUGCUGGUUUGGGGCCCACCCUUGUAUAUCCACCACCAAUAAAAUCAGACAUAAAACCA